CGUCACUGCGACCCAGCCUCAGAACAGAUCCUGAAUUUCGCGGAGUUCGUUUAUCGGCUUGCAUCGGAAAGCGCCGACCCACUUUCAUUUUUUGAAGGCCAGACUAAACAUGUAUCUUUCGAAUCUUGGAAAGACUAGACGGAUAGUGAAGAAAUGUGACUAAGAUAUAUUUCUUUCAACUAAAGAUAUACAUCUGAAUGAAUGGCCUGCAAUGAUCCAUAUCCGUAGGGUGCUCUAGGUUUUUGAGAGUGCAAAGGGUAACGAAAAAGUUGUUCAUGUCUCCCUUCUCAAAAAGACAGCCUGCUUCCUACCAGCUCCAGUCGCUCUACAUGCAACACUCUCUGCAAUUUGAGUUCUUCAAGCCUCCGCCUUUAAAUUCGGGUUUUUCUCAAGGACCUCCGCGUAAAUUUACUAGAGCAGCUCGCGCUUGUGAUCGUUGCAAAACCCUCAAGUGUCGAUGUGUGAGGGGUGAUGGUAGCGACUCAACAUACUGCAAGAGAUGUCUCGAUGAUAACAAAAAAUGCGUUGUAUCCGAAAGUCGCCGGAUUAAUCGCCCUCGCGGCCCUAAACCAGGAGCAAAAGGAAAAAGUCGCUUGACUUUCGAUCAAGAUCGCAAUAUUAGUGCUAGUGAUUUUCAAGGCGGGAGAACUGGAUCCCUUCAAUCGCCAGAGCCUAUCGAAAGCUCUUCGGCGGGUGUGUACUCGACCAUGCCAGACCAAAAUCCUGAUCUAGUGCCACAUCUAAUUUCAGAUUCAAUGAAUGAUCAUGAGCAUUCUGCUAUUGCGUAUAAUGAGGCUUCGGUAUCAUCUUCCCCUUGGUAUAACUAUGAGACGCAGAACUAUGAUCAUUACGGAGAAUACGUUGAGGCCGGCAACAGUAGUAGCACCGAUCCUUGGCGGAUGGAAGGACACAGUGGCAAAAACCAAUUUAACCCACCCCAAGAGUCGUAUCCUGCAUACAAUACAUGGGAUGGUUCCGUCUCCUUCACAGAGCCACAAUCAUACAUCGCCGAUGAUGAUUUCCAGCAAAGCUGGAAUUAUUCUUAUUACCGGAAUGUUUAGAUGUUUUCGAAGUCUUUCAAGGCGACUGUCUCCGGUCCACUGCUUGCUGAUAACUCGCUAUGUUCAACCCCAUUUCGUUUGCCUUGUCAUUCCGGAUAUCUUGUAGUCGAAACAUGUGUCAAUUCUCUCGUUGCUUUUACCAGUACUCAGUCGCUAACGAUC